AAAUUAGUCAAUCGGUGUCCGACCGAAACGAAAGAUCUCUCGCUUUCCCUAAAAAGAAAAUUUGAAAUUUUCUUAUUGCCAUAGAACCUAUACUAUUGAAUAAAAUUAGAAAAUUAGAAUUUAAGAAGAAAAGAAACAAGUGCAACUUACGAAUAAAAAAACAUAUCGAAAAAAACUCAUUAAAAGCUUCUAAUUUUCAAAAAUUUAAAUAUUAAUAAAUAUUUUGCGAACUUACUACGUAUUUACGACGAACUAAUAACCAUUUAUAUCCUUACGGUAUUAAACGAAUACAAACGCACCCCCACUAAAGAAGAAGAAGAAGAAGAAAACAAAAUAACAGUUAAUUGAGGAAAUAAUUGACAAGUGGCAUCAUCAAUCAUUGUAUUGUAGUAUAAAGUUCUAUAACAAGAAGAAAAUAAGGAAAUAACGAAAAGUAUUUACAAAAAGUGGAAUAUAAUCCAAUUGAAAAUAUCGAGCAAACAAUUGAUCCCGUCAAGAAAUCGAAUUGAUAACGUAAGAGUGAGCAAGUUAAAUGAAAAAGUGACGUCACUUCCCGCAACGAAAUUUUGUUAUUAGUAAUGCACAUUUUUUCACAAUAAACACUAGAAUAGAUAAAACCAAAGGAUAAAUACAUAUGAGUGUUCUAAAAAUCUAUAUGUGCACAGUAAAGAAAAAAUAGCAAAAAUAUUCAUAUGUAUGUGUAUACAUGUUAUUUCGAUUGCGGCCCAUAUGUUUUGUGAAUUGAAGAAGCAGCGCUAAACGAAAACAAUUUGGCUGCAAAUGAUUUGGAUUAUGGGUGCAUGAGUGUCAUCAACACCACCACCUCUAACCAAACAAGUGUCAAAUGAAUGAAGUGUCUGUCAAUCAUUUAAUUAAUUGAGACAACGAAUGCCAAAGUGAUAAAGAGUGCCAUAGACUGUAUUAUUGGUAAACAAAAGGGAUUAUCAAUAUCAGGAUUCAACAAGUGUCGUUAAACGUCAUACAAAAGAAUCCAACGAAGUGCCAUACGGAAGCAGAAACUAUAUAUAAUAAGAAGAGAAACGGACAAUAUUGAAAAACAAAAGGAAAUAUUGUAUUGUAUUGUAUAGAAUUGCGCACAUUGCACAGCCAAGGAACAUUUGUUAAUAGAUUUUAUUAUUGACUCACUCUGGCGGGAAUCCGUGCUCACACCAAAAAACAUAGCCAGUGCUUUAAAAUCUUUUUUACAUUAAAGAAGAUACAGCAAAGACAACAGAAAAGCGAAAAAGCUUAAAAGGAAAGCUUUCAAAAUCUAACAGAGAGUCAGAAAGUGGAACACUUUCGCAAGACAAGCAAAAAACAGCAAAGGUCGGACGAAACCGUUCCACACUUUAACGAACUUCAUACAAACCGCUCGUGUGGAAAGUCAGUUUGUAUGAAUUACCACAACCAGGAACAUGGCAGAUAAAUUAAAUAAAACGACCUCUAGUAUAUCGUCGUCCAAUACCACAAAGGCUUCGCCUGCCCGGCCCAAUAGCAGGGAAGCCGAUUUGAUGACCAAGCUAGCCGAACACAUCAGCGAUAACUACAGAAUGGUCAAACAAAGGCAACAAAAAUUCUACGAUCUGACCAAUCAGAUGAAGGGGCAGGAGGAACACAGUGCCGCUGGUCGGCUGAAGGGCAAAUGUGCCCCUCCUGAGGAAUGGCAGGAGGUGUAUUCGCCAAAAAACAAAUUGAAGCGCAAGAAAACCCUCUCGACUUCUCUAACAUCAGUCACAGAUUCUGUGAAUCAGGAGAAACGUACCCGCAUAGAAGGCAUUCAAUUGAAUUGUCGAGGCAAACUUAUCCUUAAGGAAAAUCAAAGUGUGGCCAAUGAGCAAGGCUCAGUGCCUCCACGUGGCAAUGCUGCGGGUAAACAGGAAAAACUUGCCGCCAAACCUCCGUUGCCACCUCAUACACCAAACAAAACCAUGCCCAGUGAAACAAAUGCCCCAAAAGUUGUUGCUGCCCCACCUCCUCCACGACUCAAGCGCAAGCUUCAGGAAAAUGUUCAGACCAUACAAAAAUUGAAUGCACUUGCCGAGCAAUUGCGUUUGGAAAUCAAUGAACUAAAGUCCAAUUUAACCACUGAAAGGGGAGCUGUAAGAGUGUUAAGAGCUCAAAAUGAAGCAGAAACUCGAAAAUGGAAGACAGAGGUGAAGAAGCUACAGAACGUAGUCGAACAUUUAAAGAAAAACGGUGCUAGCAGGAAAAGUGAAACUAACUCAACGUCAAAUGCCGAGAUAUUGCCACAGGCCGCCGCUGUAGGCGGUCUGGUUAACUAUGAAAUCCAAAGACUGACAAACGAAGUAAAUGCCCUCAAAGAAGCCAAUAAGGCGUUGGAAGAAAAAAAAGUGAUUAAUUGCGACGCUGAUAGACGAAAAGCAGCUGAUAUACGCGAAUUAAAAGAUUCUUAUGAAAUCCGAUUGACUCAAAUACAGAAAUCUGCCAAAAAUGAAAUUUCACGAUUGCUAGAGGAAAUAAAAACCAAAGAACGCAACAUUGGGCAAUUAAAAAAGGAUUUACAAACUCUACAAAACUCCAAGAAUACCAGCAGAAAUGCAACGACCACUAAUCAAAACAAUUCAACGAACAAAACGACGACGCUUAAUUUAAAUAAAAAACCAAAGAAUAGUAAUAAUAACAGCAACAACAACAAUAACAAUGUUAAUAAUAAUAACAAAAAUACAACUACAGAUAAUAAUGCAAACCAAGCAGCUCCUGCCUCGUCUUGUGGCAAUGACGCUGGCAUAGCCAAAUCGCCACAACCCACAAAACAGCAGGAGCCACAAUCAAAUCAACAAAAAUCGCCAAAUCCAGGCGAUGACGACUCUGCUGCCGUGGCGGCAGAGAACAAGGAAGAACUUUCCAAGCAAACCAACAAAACCAAUCAAGAGGAGACUUCCUCUAAGGAAAAAAUCGAAAACUCAAAUGAGAUUUCAAAACUCAAGAAUAUUGAGCUGAUAAAUAACACAAAAAAUGUCACAACGAAUCUCCAGAGAUCAACUAAAAUACUCACAACCAGAGAUAAUGAUAAGAAUGCUGAUGAUCAUAAUGAUGAAAAUGCAACUAUUCGUGCUCCCAAUCUUUGCACAUCCCUGAAAUCCAUUCAUCAACAACUAAAAGCACUUGACAUACCUGAAGUACACAACGAUUGCAUGAAUCUGUUAAAUGAAAAUGGACAAUUUGCCACGUUACUUACAACCACCAAAGUUACAUCGAACAACAAAAACACUCACCCAUCCGCCACAACCAUCAACAACACCACCAUUGACAACCUCAUCACGCCACCAUCUCCAGCAACAAUGUCAGCGAAUGGUGUAAAUAUUGGAAAUGGCAAGAUGACAGCACCUGCUGCAAUAGCCCAUGAUGUCAGCACUCAUCGUUUGGAGGAACAUCAUCUAAGCCAAGAACUGACACAACAUUUGAAUACCAAGGCCAUAGAAGAAGCUAAGCAAACGGAUUUGCAUAAUCAUAGUCACUCGGACUCUGACUCAGCAUUGUCCUCAGCUCCGCCCAGUAUAAGUCCCCAGCCUCCGGCCAAUGGUGUGGAGCCAACGGAUAUUUGGCAAACGAUUCGCUGCUAUAGCAGUGAUAUUGAGAAAUUACAAAAGGAAGUCGAUUCUUUGCAAAAAGAAAAUGAAAAACUGCGCCAAGAACUGAAUGUAGCCAAAGAUCAGAUCAUCGAUUUGGAAGGUGCAGCGCUGGAACAUAACGCCAAUAAUGAGAAACAUCAACAAUUAUUGGAACGGAUUAAAUGCCUCGAAGAAACGGAAAAUGAUUUGCGGGAACAAAAUGAACUAUUAGAGUUUCGAAUACUCGAACUGGAGGACAAUGCCAGUGAUAAGUGGUCGCUUCAAACCAAUCCCUCAUCGGAGGUGCCACAAGGCAAUCAGAAUGUGUGGGCCUGCUCUGCGGAUAGAAGCCAGCCCAAACCGGAUCCCUUCGAGAUGUUAUUCGGCAGCAACAGCCAUACCAGUACAAUGAGCAGUGUGCAGCUGGAUUCCGGCAUUAUUUCGCCACAGAGUCAAGGUCUACACGACGAUCUAAUCGAUAUAACAAACGAAGAGCUGUGUCGGCGAUUGGGUGAUCUUCUCAAGAAGAAUUCGCUAGAGGAAGAGGAGAAGCACUGCCUGCAGCAGGUUCUUAAUUUGGUGCAGCAGUUGGAUGCGCUAACGCCACGCAGUGGUCCCAACUCCUUGCUGGCCAACACUUCCAGUGAGGAGGCCACUAGCAUGGAUAUGGUAAAAUCACGCAUUUCGGAAUACAGCAGCACAUCGUCGUCGCCAUUGUCCAGCCUUCGCUCCUGCAACGAAAAGAACUCGAAUUCAUCGAUUUCAAAGUCCGCCUCAACUUCCGGUGCUGCAACACCCCGCAUUGUUGCCACUGUCCAGCCGUACAAUAGCUCGGCGGGUUAUUCUCAUGGUCCUUCCAGCCAACAAACGGUGCCGCACAACACUCCCACAGAUUCCCCUCGCAAAACAAGGCCACAACAUUGGCACAACAACAGCCUGAGUGAGAGCGGUGUCUUCGUCGAAUCCGACUUUCUGAGUGAUUCAGGUGACAACACCGUUUGCACCCAAACCGACUUUGAGGACUGUUCGUCACCGAGCGGUCCCCCAGGCCCCUACUCACAUCACCUCCUGUGCUCGCCCACCAAAAACGUACCUGCCCACCUCAAUCAGAACCAGCCACAUCAUCUACACCAUCCACCCUCACCAAAUCUUAGUGACCAGAAGCGCCUGCAGUACUACAAAGAUCGCCUGAACCUGCUCGAGGGCAAGGUCCUCAUAUACGAGAGUUCUGGAGACGUUCAAGCCAAACGCUUGGCCGAGCGCCUGCAGCGUGAGAUCCUACUCGAGAAAGAGGUGAAGGAAUUACGCGAUCGUGUGGAGUUCUUGGAGAGCGAGAACUGUACCCUCGAAGAGGAGAAGUGUGAAUUCGAGGAAGCCGAGAACGACACAAGACUUCGGCUGCAGCGACUGGAAAUCGAAUUGGAGAUUCUCAGCCAACGCAAUAUUGAACUGGAAAUGUCCAGAGAGGCACUUAGUGCCAAGUACAAAGACUGUCACUCGGAGUGUUUGAUUCUACGCGACGAUCUGUCGACCAGCGAAACCCACGUCCGCCAUCUCGAGGAAGACAAACAGAAGGCCAAAGAGAAUUUCGAAUUUCUACACAACCUGCUGCCAGUGCUGUUGGUUUGCAAUACGGCAGCCUGUACCUGGUCGCAAACCCAAGAAUCCCGACAGCAGAUCGUCUGCGGAAAGGCAGACAUGUGUACCAGCAUAUCGGGCCUUGACCUGGCUGCGUCCCUUAACCGCCUACCCCAAAGCCCAGUGAGAGAGACCGCGGCUAACUCCUCUGUUUGCAACUCGGAGAUAUGUAAAUGCCUCGAGCGAGAAGUGCAACACCUCAAGGAAGAGGUCAAGUGUUUGAGGCAUCAAAUCAAGGAGCUUAAUAGCCGGCAUUAUGCGGCCAUGGAGUCGGCCGACUCGCACUGGGUGGAUCUGGAAAGGGAGUAUAAGGAAAGAGAAGAGCAGUUCCAGGCAAAGGAGCAGAGCCUGAAACAGAAGAUACAAAAACUGCAAGACUGCUUAAAAGAAGAUGCCCGUUCGGCCAACGAGAAAAUAUGCCAAUUGGAGGAGACUGAGCAAGGCCUCAAGACUUGUUUGGUGAAAGUGUCCAAGGAGCACCAGAAACUGCUCGAGGACCACCAGUGUUUGGUGAGUGAAUUCGAGCGCUUCAAGGAACAACAUGAUCAGCUGAGAGAACAGCAGAAACCCUUGACCGAAGGCUUGGAGAUGGAGAAGAAGCGCAACAAGGGUCUUAUGGAUGAGCUGACCUUCAUGCGAAAAUUGCAACAGGAAACCGAAUUGCAGACCAAGCACGAAUUGGACGGCAUACGAAAUGAAAUGUUCGAUCUGAGAAAGGAAUAUCUGCACAUCGAGGUCACCAAUGGUGAACUACGCGAAGAGGUGGCCACCCUAGAGCUGCAGGUUGACACUUUACAGAAAUCGCAUCGCGACAGCGAGGAGAAGGUGCGUUGUCUCACCGACGAAAUUCGCACCAAAGAUGAGAUCUGCCAAAAACUAGAAAAGCGUUUGGAACGUUCAGAGGGCUACAGCCUGGCCGAUGAGCUGGGCGACACCCCGACAAAACGUUUUAAGCGUGAAGAAAUCAAGGAUCUGAAGACAGCAAGCAAAGGUUUGGGCAGUGCCUUGAGGCAUAUGUCUGAAUGUGAGAAGAUGUUGCCAACACAAAAACAAUUUCAGACUGUAGCACGUGACGUGAAGAAACUGGCCGACACUCUUUUGAAUGGCGAAACAUCCGAUGAAGAGAAAGCGCAGCGACCUCCGAAACUCAUUUUAACAGAAAUAACGAGAAUUUAAGUACACCCCAAAAACCUUACUGUCCCAUACAAGUAGACCAAGCUACCACCUAUGCACCCCAUCUCUC